CAUUUGUUCAUUUUUCUCUCUUUGUCUUUCUCUCUCUCUCUCUUUCAACUCCCUCUCCUGCUCUCUUCUCUCUCUUCUGUUCAAUCCUGCUUUGGGAACACAUAUUUCCACUUCAAUAUUGCACCGUUAGGUCAUUCAGAUCCCUAAACGCUGCCAAAUAACAGAUCAUUGACGAUGCAUUAACCCCUUUUCCACACACACACACACACACACACACACACACACACACACACACACACACACACACACACACACACACACACACACACACACACACACACAAACACACACACACACACACACACACACACACACACACACACACACACACACACAGGAAAGCACAGAAUCCUCCUGUUUAUAUGAUAACCCUCGUGAAGCUAGUUAAAUGACUCACACAAAGUCGUCCGGCACGGAGCAGGCACUAGGACCCUGCAGCCCGGCCACGGCGCCGAGGGCUCCUGUACCUCCACCUGUUUGCCCGCCCAGAGCAGCUGAGUAGCUGACCGGCACGGGUGCAACAACAGUCAGGUUCACCAGCCUUAUCUUCCCAGAGAUAGUGGGGGGUCAGUCAGUCAGUCCAGUCAGUCUGUCAGUCGGCUCGUCCCUCUAAAAAAAAUAAACAAAAAUCCCCCCCCCCCCCAACCUCAACUUUAUUCCUAAAGGCUAAAGCUUUCCAGUCGGUGGAGGCGAGGAUGGUUGCCUGCUUCUCCCUCACCCGGGGGGUCCUGCUGCUGGCGUGGCUGGCCCUGCCCGGCUCCCUGCUGGGGGGACUGGUGUUCCGCUGCCCAAGCUGCACGGCCGAGCGGCUGGCCGCCUGCCCCAAGGUGUGGCCCGUGUGCGGGGAGAUCGUGCGGGAGCCCGGCUGCGGCUGCUGCCCCGUGUGCGCCCGCCUGCAGGGGGAGCCGUGCGGGGUGUACACGCCGCGCUGCUGCACGGGCCAGCGCUGCUACCCCACGGCGGAGGCCGAGCUGCCCCUGCAGCAGCUCAUCCAGGGCCUGGGCCGCUGCGGGCCGCGGCAGGAGGAGGAGGCGGCGCCGGCGGACCCCCCCCCCCAAGGGGCAGGAUGCCAACGAUCCAGAGCAAUGGGUGACCUGGACACGGCAUGUGACGAUAAGACAGGAACUUUAAAGACCCCCAAAGAUGAAGUGCACGGCACCGAGGGUUCGCCGGUGCGUCCGGCGGCCAUUGAGCCACCAUGGAGCAGGACCAAAGUGUCAGCCGUGAUUAAGCACAAGAAUGACCUCGAUUCCAGGAUGAAGAACACCCAGUCGGACGACGCCAGACCCCCACUCUUGUCCCAGAGCUCCUGUGAGCAGGAGCUGAACCGGGUGUUGGAGGAGAUCUCCAGGAUGACCCUCCAGGAGAACCUCUACGAGCUCCGCUUCCCCAACUGUGACCGCAACGGCCUGUACAACCUCAAACAGUGCAACAUGUCCACCCAUGGCCAGCGGGGGGAGUGUUGGUGCGUGGACCCCAUGACCGGGACCCAGCUGCCGGCCACGCCCCGGGUCAGAGGGGACCCCAACUGCAACCUCCUCCACGAGGACCCCGGGGCCGUGCCCACGGCCGCCGCUAUGCGCUAGGGCCUCGUCCACAGUGUCGUCUGUUUGUUUGUAUGCUGAGCUUGUUUGUGGUUUUGUUUUUUUACCGAGGCAACAUGGCUGUAAAGGAUGUGGCAAGGAUUUCUGUGUGUGUUUGUGUGUUUUUGGGGGGGGGGGGGGCUUUAUAAUGAUGGCGAUCACAUGUCACAUCUUUAUGAAUGCAGAUUGACUGUGUUUUAUAAAGCAGGUAAAAGGAUAAAAAACAGGUGACACAUUCCUUUCAGGUCCCCUUCAUACAUAUGAGAUAUUGACCGAACAAAAUAAGUAUUUAAGUGAAAUUAUCCAUGUUGAAAUAUAUGUUGAAAUAGGAAAUGUAUGUUAAAACUUACAUUUAACAUCAACAUUGUUGUUUUAUUUGUCCAACUACCUAUUUUGCUUAAAUUUUCCUACGCACCCAAAAUGGUUGAUCUGCCGUUUGUGUGUGCGUGUUUGUGUGCGUGUUUGUGAGCGUGUGUGUGCGCGUUUGCACAUGUGUAUGUACUUUACGCAAAAGUGAGUGUAUAAAUACUUCCUAUUUUUUUGAUACAGCAUAUUCUGAUACGCUGUCCUUGGGCUCUUUAGCAAGUUAAUAGGCUGUGUGGAAAUGGUAGUGUGGAUGCUAGCCGCUACGCUACAGGUUGCUGUUAUUAGCAGGUGUCUAUGGGUGGUAUUGUGGAUGCUAACUGCUAUGCCAGACGUUGCUGUAAUUAACAGUUGAAUAUGGAUCCUAGCAUGGAUGCUAGCCGCUACGCUACACGUCUCCAUUGUCAGCAGGUGAAGGGGUCGUAGCGGGGAUGCUUGGUGCUAUGCUACGGUUAUUAGCAGUCAAUGCCAGGUGCUAUGCUCCAUGUUGCCCCUUUUAUUCCACGCGUGUGUAUUGCAGCGUUCGGGGUAUCAGGGCUCCUGUUUGUUCAGCUGCUUCCCUAAUUGGUCACCCCUACAUGGAUCCUAGCCUGUCGGCCUGUGAGCCAGAGAGAAUACAACAUAUACAGUUUCUAUACAGGUUCUAAGUGUAAUCAGGCCACAUUAGAUAUCUAAAUGUUGAAUCUGUGACACCCUAUUUUGGUGGCCACACAUCCCACAAUGUGGAAUGUGUGGCACCUUUAUCUUUUCUUAUUUUUUUCUUUCUUGUUUCAUGUUGCCCAUGUUUUGUGUUGAGUGUUUUUUUCCACUGAAUUGUAACUCAUUUGUUUGUUUUGGCUGUGGAUGUAAUGUUGUUCUCUGUUGAUUUCUAUGUGGUCGGAUUGGUGUUCUUAACCGAUUCUAAAGUUUAGUUUGAAGCACUUUAGAAUAACUGUACAACUUUAAAGCAUUAACAAAGAAGCAAUUCAUCAUUUAUAAAGCAUUGUUCAUGCAUUCAUGUAUGUUUUUCAUAAUCAGUUGUAAAUCAUUAAUAAGACGGUUUCAAUGGUAAUUUAUGAAGCUAAUUGAUGACUUACAAACUAUUUACAAAGUGUUAUUUUGUGCUCAUCUAAAGUGAGGACAAUGAUUUGUACUAUUGCAAUGGUACUUGAGGCAUUGCAAUUGUAGCCUAUGAGCAACAAUGCUUUGUAACUGAUUCAUUCCUACAUUCAUUUAUUAUUGCUGUAAAUUGGAUUGGCCUGUAUUCUGAGAUGCUACCCUUUAGUUCAUUCAAAUAACAUCAACCAGUCCAUACAAUGGACAAUAUUUCCGUAGUUUUGAUAUUGGAUUAAUAUGCAUUACUUUGCCAUAGGGAAAUUGGUGCUUGUUGUUUUUUAAAAUACCAGUAUGUUUAUAUUCCUGUCUGUGGUUAAAAAAUAUACACAAAAUAUAUUAUCAAAUAAAAAAAUACAUUGCUAUUGUC